AUGGGGAAGCGCGUGUGGGCGGCGGCGCUCGCGGCGCUGGCCGUGGUGGUCGCGCUCGGUGUGCCCGCCUGCCGCGUCGCCGAGGCGCGCACCUUGGAGAAGGACGGCCUGCUGGGCGGCGGCGGCGGAGGCUUCGGUGCCGGAGGCGGAGGAGGCUUCGGUGCGGGGCUUGGCCACGGCGGUGGACUCGGGGGCGGAUUCGGGGGAGGUAAAGGCGGCGGCCUUGGGCUUGGAGGAGGUGGCGGCGGAGGCUUCGGUGGAGGUGGUGGUGCUGGUGGAGGUCUUGGCGGAGGGAUCGGACAUGGCGGCGGCCUUGGAGGUGGGUUCGGUGGCGGGAAAGGUGGCGGGUUAGGUGGAGGAGGAGGCCUUGGGGGAGGUGGCGGUGCUGGUGGUGGCUUUGGUGGCGGGGCUGGACAUGGUGGCGGCCUUGGAGGUGGCUUUGGCGGUGGCAAAGGUGGCGGCUUUGGAGGCGGGAAAGGUGGCGGUCUUGGCGGUGGUGGUGGCCUCGGUGGUGGAGGUGGAGCUGGUGGAGGCGGUGGCCUUGGAGGUGGCGCAGGCGGUGGUCUUGGUGGUGGUGCAGGCGGAGGAGGAGGCCUCGGCGGUGGAGGUGGUGCUGGUGGAGGCGGUGGCCUUGGAGGUGGUGCAGGCGGAGGCGGCGGCCUUGGUGGUGGUGCCGGCGGUGGUCUUGGAGGUGGUGCAGGCGGAGGAGGCGGCCUUGGUGGCGGUGCCGGUGGAGGAGGUGGACUAGGCGGUGGUGCCGGUGGCGGCCUUGGUGGGGGCGCAGGAGGAGGUACUGGCGGUGGCCUUGGGGGCGGUGCCGGUGGAGGUGGUGGUCUUGGCGGUGGCGCGGGAGGAGGUGCUGGCGGUGGUCUUGGUGGCGGCGCGGGAGGUGGUGCCGGAGCAGGCGGCGGUUUUGGCGGAGGCAAAGGAGGCGGCGUUGGCGGAGGUGGCGGCGCAGGCGGUGGUGCCGGUGGCGGGUUCGGAGGAGGCAAAGGCGGCGGUUUUGGCGGAGGCGCAGGUGGUGGCUUCGGAGGAGGCAAGGGCGGUGGCUUCGGCGGCGGAUCGGGCGGAGGCUUUGGCGGCGGCGGCGGAGCGGGCGGUGGUUUCGGCGGAGGAGCUGGUGCUGGUGCCGGCGGUGGCAUCGGUGGCGGACUUUGA